AUGAAAUGGAUGAUUGACGCAUCAUUUACGGUGCAUCCAGAUUUCAAGAGCCACACUGGCGGCACUCUGUCCUUUGGAGGAGGUGCAGCUCAAGUGAUGUCAAAAAAGCAAAAGCUAAAGAGCAGAAGCAGUACGGAAGCGGAACUGAUUGCUGUUGACAAUGUUGUCACAAUGAUACUAUGGACAAAGUUGUUCAUGGAGUGGCAAGGGUAUCCGAUCGAGAAGAAUAUCUUGUAUCAGGAAAAUAAAAGCGCAAUUCUACUGGAAGAGAAUGGUCGCAAUAUCGAUAUUUGUUAUUUCUUUAUCACAGAUCAAGUUGAGAAAGGAAAUGUUAAGAUCAAAUAG